AUGCCCCCUCCUAAGCAGACGCCAGUCCCCCUCCCCAUCCCCGUGGGCAUGCCAACCACGUCGUUGCCCGCGAAUGUCGUGACCAGGCCAGCUCCUCUCGCUGAGAAGGACGCCAACGCUGUUCCCACCCCACAACCCACCGGCGGCAAGAAGCGCAAGUCAGCUGGGGCGGCUGAGGGCGAGGACAAGCCCAAGCGGUCCAAGAAGGCCAGCGCCAAGGACGCCCAGGAUGCCCUCCUCGACGUCAACCACAUCGACUUGCCCGGGCAAGAGUCCCGCAAGGUGCCCGUCUUCGACACCUGCAGGGAGAUCCGGAAGAAGAUCAAGGCCCUCUUGCGCAAGGGCGUCCAGCAGGCCGCCUUUGUCCGGGCGAUGAACAAGGGCCUGCCCGACGAUGGGGGCAAGAAGGUCAACUCAAUGAACAUGAAGCCCUUCAUGGAGCAGAAGGACACCAUGGACGGGAACACGAGCACGGUGUUCUACGCCGCCUAUCUCUUCUUCGAGAGGCAGCGCAUCAAGGACAACAAGCCCAAGACCGCCUUCCGCGAGGAGAUGGAGAAGACGCAUGGCAGGGAGGGUGUAGAUAUCGUCCACAAUGUGAAGGGUGGGUUUUGGUUAUUUGCCGGCGAGAGCGCCCAUAUGGACAAGUACGGAAAGCUGCAAAUUGCAGGGGGGCGAUGA